AUGAAAGUGGUUAGUGUCUGCGGUGUGUUACAGUCGGGGCGGGACGAAGCCGUUAGCCAAGUGGCGAGAAGCGUGCCGUCUACUCGAUACACGUACACACUCAAAGAAUUCCAAUUAUUACGGCCGGUGUACGAACCGGCCCGGACAGCGCCGGCCGCCGCGUCCCGCACUCUGCGCCUCCGCCCUCGACUCGAGGCUGUUGACGUACGUAAUGAGAGGUGCGACGAUCGACAUUUCCAGGAGACCACCGCCUAA